AUGGAGGUGAGUUUAAGCGAUGCCGAAAAAAUGUUCAUAAUACACGGAGCGCAGGUUGGGCUACGAGCCGAUGGACGCGGGCCACUCGAUUAUCGACCUAUUGAAAUCCAGACAGGUGUCCUGGCGACGACAAAUGGCUCGGCACGCGUACGAUUGGCUUCAACCGAUUUGCUGAUUGGCGUCAAAGCCGAAUUAGUAACAGUGGACGAUAUGGCCGAGUAUCGAAAUCGUCUGAAUUUCUUCGUGGAUUGCUCGGCCAAUGCUACACCUCUUUUUGCCGGGCGAGGUGGUGAUGAAUUUGCUGAACAAGUGAGUGCAGCAUUGGAUGCAGCCUAUGACAGUGAACUGGUGCUUCCGGAUUUGAAAAAGCUGAUCUUAUCACCGAUGCAUGCAUGGAAGGUGUUUGUCGAUGUGGUGCUUUUGCAGUGUGGUGGAAAUGUCAUCGAUGCUGCCGCUCUUGGGGUGAAAGCGGCAUUGCAUAACACAGAAAUCAGUGAAGUAAUAGUGCGACCAGCAGACGAAGGAAAAUAUACGGUUGACUUGCCGGACGAUAAUACCGUAUGGAAAUUGGACACGUCAAGGUUACCGUUGUUUGUGAGUGUAAAUAGACUUGGAAGCGCUAAAGUUGUUGAUAAUUCAUUAGCCGAAGAAGCCUGUACCGGUGCAUCCGUCUGGAUUGCUGCCGCUCCAAAAUCCAGUGCCGAUAUUACGACAUCUAGUGCAAAUGCUCCGGGACAUAUUCGUGGAGGGAGAGCUGAUGAUUAUUUAAUAACUUAUAUCAGUCAAUGCGGUGGCGGAACACUGGAGCCAGAUUCACUUGGUUAG